AUUUAAAGCAAUCUUGAAGACGAGGGGAAAAGUUCGAUCAGAACAACUUUCAAAUACUGUAUGGAUGACACACGUUCCUGCAAGAAGAUACGAAUAAUAAACAUUUUAAACAACAGAAAGCUAGCCAUAAUCAACAAUAAAUUCUAUCUGGUUAAGUUUUUUUGUACAGAAACGCCUGACGUCAGUGAGAGAGUGACCAAGUGGAUUGUCAAAAUCAAAUCACACUUCUACUAUCGCAAAUCACAAUUCAGUCACCCGAGGUACCCAAUCAACAAAAAGAAAGGGAACUCUGAAAAUGGAACUGAUCUACUACUUUAUUGACUUGCGCACUAACUUAUCCAAGCAGAUGACAAUGGUGGACUAUACCCUAGUGGCGGCGUUAUCAACGCUGUUGGGCAUCUGGGGUCUGACGUCAUACAAGGAUUCCAAUUUGAGGAUAAGCCGACCUCCUUUUGUUCCGUCAACGAUCCCAUUCGUUGGUCAGAUAGCGGCUUAUCUAGGAGAGCCCAUGGAGUUUGUCAUGGAAUGCUAUAAGAAGUACGGUUCUGUAUUCUCGUUCAACAUCCUGACUGCGAGGUUUACAGUGUUAGUUGGACAAGAGGCCAGUGAGACAUUCUUCAAGACGCACACCAAGUAUUUGAAUGCAAGCAAUGCCUACAAACCAGUUACCAAUCCUAUAUUUGGAGAGGAAAUGGGCCACGCUAAAUUCCACCAGCAACUUAUUUCCCUGAAGUCAAUUUUAAACAUCGAGAAAUACAGAGAAUACACCCCCAUUGUCGAGGACCAAAUCCUGUACUGUCUAAGAAAGCUCGAAGAUAAAGGCCAGAGAGAUAUGUAUCAGUUCACAAUGACAGUGGCGUCGCUGGAAUCCGGUGCCUCAUUAUUUGGUCCAAUAUUACGUAAACAUUUUGAUGAAUCGGCAGUUCCUCUACUAUCGUUCUUGUCUCAUAGUCUAACGCCUGUAGGUCUGGUACUUCCAUCCUGGAUGAUCUACCCUUUCUUCUGGAAACUACGAAAAGUGAGAAAGCAAAUCAAAGAAAGGGUCAACUUGGCAUACGAAGAAAAACAGAAAGAAAUCGAUUCAGGAAAUGAUAUCGGUGAUGGGUUGGGGCAUUUUAUGAACUACAGAUACAAGAAUGGUGAAAAAAUGACUAAAAAUGAGAUCUUGGAUAUAUUGAUCCUCUUGGUUGCGAGCGCUAUCCAUACCACCGGUAUAGUGUCAACAUGGGCCUUGCAUUACAUCUCCCAAGACGAGAAAUGGCAGGAUGCUAUCUACAACGAGCAGAAAGAGGUAUUUGGUGAUGAGCUGGCCCCAAUAGAGUAUGAUAAGCUUGACCAGUGUACCGUGUUAGACCGAGUCGUGAAGGAAACUUUGAGACUGAGGCCACCAUCAGUUAUGCUGCUGAGGUCCUGCGAAAUACCAGUAACGGUGAAGGGGAUGACCAUUCCAAAGGGAGACAUUGUAUGCUGUGCUCCUUAUGUCAACCAUCGUAUCGAAACAUGGGGAGAUGACAGAGAAGAAUUCAACCCAGACAGAUUCCUAGAGUAUGACAUGACCAAGCCGAACAACUGCGAAUAUGUUCCUUUUGGACGAGGCAUCCAUCUCUGCACUGGACAGCAAUUUGGGACAUUAUCACUUCGUAUGAUAGUAGCAACCAUGGUGAGACACUUUACCUUUGAGCGGCCACCAAACUACAAUGCAACUGUGGACUUUUCAACAAUUAUACCAAGACCCAAGAAUGUUCAUUUGAUCUACGAAAGACGUCCAACAAGCACGUUAUGA